GCAAAUUUUGUUUUUAUUCAGAAAUAAUAACAUUUAACUGUAGGACUCAAAAAGAUACUUUUUCAAAAUACAAAUUUGUAUUGAGACGUCUUUAUUCCGGAAGAGCUACGUUCCAAUAUUUUUUUUAUUUCAAUCGUCAAUUAACAAAAAGCUCCUUGACCAUCUAGAGUGAUCUAUAGAUAACAACCCUUCCAUUUUCAUAUAAAAGAUCUUAAGAUUCGCAAUUGCUUAUUCUCAUACUUAGCCCUUUUUUAAUUUUAAAAAUAUAUACAUACUCUUGCGCGCGCUUCAACAUAAAAAUAAUAUUAUUUUAGGUUACAUUAAAAAUGAAGGACGAAUCUACGUCAUCAAGUAAUUUUGAGGCUAUAGAUCAAUCAAGUGGCAAACCUCUAGACGAGAAUAAGACUAUAGCAGUUGACGCUAGUGAAGAAACAAUAACAGCAUUUCUUGGUAAAGAAAAUGAAAGUAUUGUACGAAAUACCCCUAAAACAGUUCAGAACCAAAAUGAGGAAAAACCUGUUAAAUUAGAGGGAAGAAGAUUAGUGGAUAUUCAAUAUUUCUUGGAUUGUGUGAAAAAUCUAAAUAACCACGAGCCAAAGUUUGGGUGCACCUUAAGCAACAUGAAUGUCAUAAAAGAAGUUAGAAAUGGAUAUGUGUCAAUAUUUAAACUCAAGUGUGAUAUGUGUAGAGGAACAUACGAUGUGCAAACGACAGCCACAAACCCGAAUCAAGAUGCUGUUCUGGGGGUGAUAAUGAUAGGGGCAGGUUACAGUGCUCUAGCGCAGCUUUCAACAUAGAAACUCCUUUUCCAUCUCAACGGACAUAUCGAAUUCAGGAAGAUAUUCUUAGAGAAACUUUUGAAACAAUUUCUUUGAAAUCUAUGAGACAAGCUGGUGAGAUGGAAAAGAAAUUAGCUAAAGAAGCAGGUGAUCUCUCACCUGAUGGGGUUCCUGUGAUUACUGUCGUAGCGUAUGGGUCUUGGGCCAAAAGAUCAUAUAGAUCCAAUUACAAUUCUCUUUCAGGAGCUG